AUGGCGGACACCCCGACCCUCCCGUACGAUGCCAUUGUGGGCGGCGCCGUGGGCUUCGCGACCACCGUCAUUGCCUUUCUCAGCUUGAUCAUCGCCUACCACACGUACCGUGACGCUCGCAAGCGGAGAGCGCGCCGCGACGAUGUCGAGAUGCAGGACGGGCCCGCGGUGGGUGACUCGUCCGAGUCCACUUUGGCUCUCCUCGUAAACGCGUCGCCUCCGGAAGUGACACCGCCACCUCCGGCUGCGAAUCCGUCUUCGAGACUUGCGAACCCAUACUCGCUGCCUUCAGCCGCCGGCUUGGGAUCCUCGAGCGCCGACGCCGCGUCUAACGAAUAA